AUGCGGGCCGUGUCCCUUCGGCGCUGCGCCUCCGUGUUCCUGGUGUUGCUGCAGGCGGGGCUGGGGGCGCCCCUGCCGGUGACGGGGAGCCCGUCCAGCCGCGAGCUUCAGUCCUGGCGGGACCUCCUUGAGCGGCUGGAGGAGAAAUUUCAAGGAGGGGAGCUGGAAAUAGCUGAGGAUGAGCCUGGAGACACAGGUGACCCUUCCUACUUUGACCUCGCUGACCUGGAGGCCCCCCUCUCCAGCCAGCUCAAGUUGCAGGAGGGUCUCCAUCACCCGGCGAUUGUGGAUCAGCGGAGAACAUUCAUGGCUUCCCCAAAGCGGAGGAGGCAUUUUUCCGGCUGCUUCGGGACACGGCUGGAACGGAUCGGCACCCAGACAGGACUUGGGUGCAAUACGUACAAAGCCCGUUCACGGAGGAAGUCCAGAAGUUGAAAAGGAGAAGAGAAGCUGGUUAACUGGCUACUGAACCUUUGAACAACCCCCCGUCCCUUAGGCAAAAUGCCAGUUUGUUCAACAACUGUACACUCUUUGUGCACAAAAUUCUUUCCCCCAUUAUAGUAUAACAGGAUCUUAAGGACUGUUAUUGUAUUGACACGUUGGAGGUGAGCGAUCAUCCAGAACUCUUGUGACCUACGGGAAUGGCUGGACUUGGUGUGGUGUUUAUCAAUAAAUAUUUUGUAGAAACUGA